AUGCGUGUUUCACGGCGAGGAUUUUACAAUUGUGCAGCCGGAGCCGCUAAUCUGACUUCUAACAGUCAGAUGACCUCCUUACUGACCGAUGCACACAUCGGAGGACUAAAACAACUAAAAUCGAAUUGGAAUAUCGUUGUGCUGCGCCCCGACAAGGGUUCCGGUGCAGUAGUGAUGGAUAAGUCACAAUACAAAGAAAAGAUGAUGCAUAUCUUACAGGACCAAUCGAAGUGUAAGCUUAACAAUACACCAGACGAUCCAAUUAAACUCGAGAAGAAAAUUUGUGCGGAACUGAAAACUCUUACUCAGACAAACCGUAUACAAGAAUUACUGGCGAAAUGUUUACGUCAAAGGAGAACACAGACAACACAAUUGUAUGGCUUACCGAAGGUGCAUAAGGAAGGCGUUCCAUUACGACCCAUGUAA